AAUGUGUUUGUCGUCCCGUGUCGAAGUUCUUCUUAUGGUUAAGCAGAGUAUCUCAGACCAGAUAAUAAGAGUUGAGCAAGUGCUUGUGGACGAUAUCAGCCACCAUCCGAACCAUUCACCUUUCGACUUGGAACGUCGGAACCCGAUACCACGAUGGCGCCACCACCAAUCAAGCACAAGGCGCUGCUCAAUGUAGAUAUGGGGGAAGCUUACGGGAACUAUGUCUGCGGUCCAGACCUAGAUAUCCUGCCCUUGAUUGACCAUGCCAAUGUUGCAUGUGGUUUCCAUGCUGGGGACCCGCUGAUCAUGCAAGAAACGGUUCGAAAUUGCAUGAAACAUAACGUCAAGAUUGGAGCCCAUCCAGGCCUUCCCGACAUCCAAGGAUUCGGUCGACGUGAAAUCAAGAUGUCGCCCGAAGAAUUGACCGCCAUAACCGUUUACCAAGUUGGUGCCUUGAAGGGCUUCCUGGACAAGGAGGGCGCGCCGUUACAUCACGUCAAACCGCACGGCAUUCUGUACGGAAUGAUGUGCAGAGACUAUGAAGUUGCGAAAGCAGUGAUGCAAGGCAUUCCCAAAGGUGUCCCAGUAUUCGGCCUGGCCGGAACGAACAUGGAGAAGGCAGCAAAUGAUCUGGGAAUCACCUUCUGGGCCGAGAUGUAUGGGGACGUGAAGUACAGCAACGAUGGCAUGUUGGUCGUCGACCGCAAAAAGAAACCUUGGGACCCAGAAGAUGUCAGAAAACAUGUCUAUCAGCAACUCAACUCGCAGUCAGUGACAGCAACUGACGGAAGACUACCCCGUGUCGAUAUGCUGUCACUCUGA